AUGGCAGCACUAGGAGAAGCCGACCAGAAGGAGCUCCAGGCCUUUCUCGACUCGGAGCAGGCAAAGGCCCGCGUCCAGUCCUCGAUCCACCAGUUCACCGACCGAUGCUGGGACCAGUGCAUCAAGUCGUCCAUCGGCGCAUCCUUUGGCCGCGGCGAGGAGGCUUGCCUCAGCAACUGCGUAGAGAGGUUCCUCGACACCUCGCUCUUUAUCGUCAAGAAGCUCGAGGAGCAGCGCGGUCAAUAA